CUCCACUCAUUUCCCUCCUUCGUCCCUCAGAACAAAAGGCUCCAAAAUGAAGAUAAUACCACUGAGAAACGCAUCUGAAAGAACACUUGAUCACCCACCAGACCCUUUUCUCUGAAUCAAAGCCGAGAAGGUCGUCCAUUAAAGAUCAUGGCUUGCUCAAACUUGACAAUGUGGGUAUCCUCAAAACCGUCUUCAUCCGAUGCCUCUGUUCUUUCUUUUCGGCCAUUUAAUCCUCUUCAAGUUCCUUCGCAAGGCUCUGCCUCGCGAUCCUUGUCUGUCACUCCGAUUCAGUGCGGCCUCCGUGAGCUUCGAGAACGGAUUGAUUCAGUGAAGAACACCCAGAAAAUUACCGAGGCUAUGAAGCUUGUUGCUGCUGCCAAAGUGCGUAGAGCUCAAGAAGCUGUUGUUAAUGGAAGACCAUUCUCGGAGUCUCUAGUUGAAGUUCUUUACAACAUCAACGAGCAGCUCCAAACCGAAGAUAUAGAUGUUCCUCUGACAAAAGUCCGACCAGUCAAGAAAGUUGCUUUGAUUGUUGUAACAGGGGAUCGAGGCCUCUGCGGCAGUUUCAAUAACAUGAUCAUCAAAAAGGCAGAAUCCAGAAUCGCAGAAUUGAAGACCCUUGGUCUUGAUUAUACAGUCAUUAGCGUGGGCAAGAAGGGGAAUUCGUAUUUCCUUCGCCGGCCUUACAUCCCAGUAGAUAGAUUUCUUGAGGGUGGUUCACUGCCGACGGCUAAAGAAGCUCAAGCCAUUGCAGACGAUGUUUUUUCCCUCUUUAUCAGCGAAGAGGUCGACAAAGUCGAGCUUCUGUACACCAAAUUCGUGUCAUUAGUUAAAUCAGACCCUGUGAUCCACACUCUGCUUCCAUUGUCACCUAAAGGAGAGAUUUGUGAUAUUAAUGGUGUUUGUGUUGAUGCCGCAGAGGAUGAGUUCUUCAGAUUGACGACAAAAGAAGGAAAAUUGACCGUAGAGAGAGAUGCCGUGAGGACAAAAACCUCAGAUUUCUCCCCAAUUUUACAGUUUGAGCAGGACCCAGUUCAGAUUCUUGAUGCUUUAUUACCUCUCUAUUUGAACAGUCAAAUUUUGAGGUCAUUGCAGGAAUCAUUAGCUAGUGAACUUGCAGCCAGAAUGAGUGCCAUGAGCAAUGCAACUGACAAUGCAAGCGAGUUGAAGAAGACACUUUCUAUUGUUUACAACAGACAGCGGCAAGCCAAAAUCACUGGCGAGAUUUUGGAGAUUGUUGCCGGUGCCAACGCUUUGACUUGAGUCAGUUUUAUGCUACUUUUAGGUACUUUCCACUGAGAAUUCAUUAAAAAUAAACUAUGCCCAUUUAAGAACUAUGACAUAUUUAACAAAUUCCUUAGAAGUCUCAUCCCAUCACAAACCAGUGCAAUGAGACAAUGGGGCAAUGUGUCUUGGAAAAUAAGACAAUUCUCUACUCGGUGUUUUUGACGCUAGGAUUGUUAAUAAUUCUUGUAAUAUUUGCACUUUCUGGUGUAGCUCUGCUUUCUUAAGCAUUGUUCGAGUAUACAUAAUUAUAAUAAACGUAUCAAUUGGGCCUUUUGGCCUUAUGGAGUA